AAAAAAAUCCACCAUGGAAGUUCCCAAGUUUAUUCUUCUUUUGCUAUUUGCAGCAACCUUUGCUUGGAGUCGAGCACAGUUAGAAGGGCUGCCAAGCUUAAAGCAAGGGAACUCCUUGAAAGUUGAGGAAGAGAGCAACUUCUUGGUUUCACCAAAUGGAACCUUUUCGAGCGGAUUUUACAAAGUUGGCGCCAAUGCCUCCUGUUAUUCAAUAUGGUUCACAAAUAGUGCCGACAAAACAGUUGUCUGGAUGGCUAAUCGAGAUAAGCCUGUCAGCGAAAGACGCUCGAAGCUAACCCUCCAUGGAAAUGGCAACCUGGUUUUGACUGAUGCACUAGGUUCAGUUGUGUGGUCAACCAACACAAUCUCUAAGGAAGUCAUGGAACUUCAGCUUCUUGAAACAGGAAACUUGGUGCUGAGGAACCAAGACGACAGGAUCAUCUGGCAGAGUUUUGAUUCUCCAACGGAUACACUUCUACCAUCACAGCCACUCACCAAGAACACAACCUUGGUGUCCAUGAGAAGCCAAGGUACAUACUUAUCUGGAUUCUAUAACUUCAAGUUCGAUGAUAACAGUAUCUUGUUUCUCAUCUAUAAUGGCCCUCUACUUUCUAGUGUUUAUUGGCCCCAGAUUGUUUCAACUGUUUUUGAAAGUGGUAGAAAUCCUUACAACAGCUCUAGAGUGGCAAUUUUAGAUGAGGCUGGACAAUUUAUAUCUAGUGACAAUAUGCAGUUCUAUGCAUCUGACUAUGGGGUUGGUCCAAAGCGGCGUUUAACAAUGGAUUAUGAUGGCAUCUUAAGAUUGUACAGUCUUGAUGAAUCAGCCGGGAAUUGGAAACUGUCAUGGUUGCCUGAUGGUGUCGAUGCAUGCCUGGUUCAGGGCUUGUGUGGUGAAUAUGGUAUUUGCACAUACAAGCCACUACCUACUUGUACUUGCCCUUCAGGGUUUUCCCUAAACGAUCCCUCAGACUGGUCCAAAGGCUGCUCACCUCCCUUCAAUUUGACCCAAGAUACAAGCAAGCUAGACUUCCUGGAGCUCCCUUACACAGAUUACUAUGGAUAUGACUUGGAAACCUAUCAACUUGGAAUUUCUUUUGAAGCAUGCAGGAAUUCAUGCCUAGUGGAUUCGAGAUGCUUAGGAUUCGGAUAUGCGCUGGAUGGAUUAGGACAAUGUUUCCCUAAGAGUCUUCUGCUUAAUGGAUACCGUAUGUCAAAUGUUAAGAGCAUCUUGCAUGUUAAGAUUCCAAAAGAUUUUCUGACCCCUGGUGCAGUCCAAAGCAAACUAGAAGCACAUGAUCUGAGUUGUUCCACAGCUCAGUUUUUUGUAAGUAGUGAUCUUGAAACAGAAAAGGGGAAUGGAAAUCAGUAUAUGAAAUACCUUAUUGGAUUUGUGAGUUCCUUUGCAAUAAUUGAAGCAAUCUGCAUUGGUUUGGCAUGGUGGUAUGUGUUCCGAAAACAAGCUCAUGAGGAACUGGUGAACAUGGGUUACAUGACAUUAGCCAUAAAUGAUGUAGGAUUUAAACAUUUCACCUAUGCAGAACUAAAGAAAGCAACCAAUGACUUCAAACAGGAGAUAGGAAAAGGAGGGUUCGGAACAGUCUAUAAAGGGGUUCUGGAUGGUGAAAGAUUUGUAGCUGUGAAGAGAUUAGAAGGCAUUCUGCAAGGAGAUGCCGAAUUUUGGGCAGAGGUGAGUGUCAUAGGGAAUAUCAAUCAUAUGAACUUGGUUAAACUAUAUGGUUUCUGUGCUGAUAAUAAUCAUAAGCUAUUGGUGUAUGAGUACCUGGAGAAUGGAUCCUUGGAUAAACUCUUGUUCUCAGAUGUUGAACUUGGAUUGGAAAAGCGGUACAAGAUUGCAUUAGGCACCGCAAAGGGUUUGUCAUAUCUACAUGAGGAGUGCCUUGAAUGGGUACUCCACUGUGAUGUAAAGCCUCAAAAUAUACUGUUAGACGACCAUCUUGAACCUAAGGUGGCAGAUUUUGGCAUGUCCAAGUUGUUCAAAGACAUUAAUGAUGAAGGCAUUGGAUUUUCUAGAGUUCGAGGCACCAGAGGUUAUAUGGCUCCAGAGUGGAUGGUGAAUCUGAAAAUUGAUGCAAAGGCAGAUGUCUACAGCUAUGGGAUUGUUCUGUUGGAGCUACUGACUGGAAAGAGUGCUUCUAUUCUGCUUUCAGCUUUUGCACAAGAGUACAUUGAACACAACCAACUGGUACAAUGUGUGACUGAAAAGAUCAGAGUCGAAGGGAUUAAGGAAGUGAUAGAUCCUCGACUUCAUCAUGAUUUCAACAAAAAGAAGCUCGAAAGAUUGAUGAAGGUUGCUCUUUUGUGUGUACAAGAAGAUCGAAGUGCAAGACCUGCCAUGAGUAAGGUGGUGGAGCUUCUACUUGAGUAA